GACUCCGAUCCAUUAUGCUCAAUCCGCAGGUCCGAUCCAUCCUGCGGGGAUCAUCGGCUUGCUUUACAAUUUACCUUUUCGUUGAGCGGGUCCGGUGUCACCCUGUGCGCACGCAGCCCGCGCACCUGCCUAGGGACGCCCCUGCCCUGCAUUCACUAUAUCUGGUCUCUCCGGAUGCUGCAUUCACUAUAUCUGGUCUCCCACAGUAUAGAGAACAUGGAAAUGCAGUUAUUUUAGUAAAUAAAAACUGCUAAAUACCUUUUCUCAUCAGCAAGAUAUAGCACUCAUAUCAGUGUCCAGCUGAGCACUGGUUAAAGCUUGUAGGCCGAGUUUUCAUUCUUCUUUGACUGUCCUAUAAGGCUGCAUGACCCCUGA